AAAUUAUUUGAGCAGAAAAUUUUCAAAAUGCGUGUUUUAAAAUGUUUAUGUCAAUUUCGAUUGUCAAAGAGAGUGGGCACAAGCGAAUGCAAUCCACAGCCAAAAUAUAGAACCAAGUUUGUGGAUAUACGCGCGCGGCGCCGCUGGGUUUUUUGUGAGCUUUGCAAAUUUAUAAAGAGGUUUAUAUUACGAUAAUUUCUGUUACACGAAUAAGUGUAUUUAAGUGUUAAAAAUAUUAUUAAAAUUCAAGUUAAAAAUCGAAUAAUAAAAUAAAAGUGUAAAAGUGAAAAAACUUGAGAUAUAUUCGCAACGAUUUUUUGUACGUUUUCACUUUGGUAUAGCAUAAAAGUGCAGGCAGACAAUAAUGGCGUAAAGGUGGGAGAUAAGAAUUAUAUACAAAGCCAUAAAUUGUUUGAUAAUUGUGUAUAAAAAAUGGAUGAAAUCGAAUACUUGGAGGAGUAUGAAGAUUUAAUACUACCAACAAUGAGUGCUCAAUCUGCGGCCACGAAAAACCGCAGCAAGAGUAAUCUUGGAAGUAUGCCUGACGAUGAGGAUUCUUCUUCUAUAGAUCAAGAUAUAUUUGAUAGUUUGUUUGAUGAUAACUCUGAUGAUGAGGCUUUGUUGCAGAAAAAAGGCACUGCCAAGCUGAGUCAACGGAGUGAACGCAGUUCACGCAUAUCUAUGGACUCGCUCGAUAUGCUUGUUAAAGAGCUAGGCGAGCCAUUUAAUCCACAAGUAGACGGAACUAAAUCAGCAAAUAAAUCAGUACCUAAAACAAGCAAUGUAAAAAGUACACCCAGCCAGAUCAGCAAAACAGUACAAAAAUUACCAACAACAACUACAAAUACAAAAAGCUCUAUCGCCACAACUUCAAGUGCAGUUAACAUAAAAAACAGUAGCAAAACGGAUUUGACAUCAGCAACGACAACAAGCGCGAUAGAUCGUAAUACCAAGGCUAAAUCUGUCGCAACUGUACGACCAACGGUGCAACAAAAUUUGACACAAGCAACAACAUCCACCAAGGCAAUACCUAUACAUUCAAAUGAUUCGGCUUCAAGUCGGAAGAUACAGACUAGUAACAGUGGGGGCAUACAAAAUGCUAAAGUAACUAGUGGAAGCACAAAUUCGGCUAAGGUUGCUUCUUCAGCACCCUCAACAUCACGCAAACAAAUUUCAACGGUUACUUCAACAACGGGAAGUGUUAAAAAUUCAGCAACUACUGGUUAUAAUACAAAUACAAUACCGGGAAAGAGAAUAAUUGAGCGUUCGCAAACUACAAUUAUCAAACCGGAGAAACCACAGAUUAAGGAUCCAGCCGAAGAUCCUUUGAGUUUGGAAAACGUCGAGCGUGAAACCGAUUCCGAUUCAGAUUCUUUUGAUUAUUCUGAUAUCUCAGCUGAUUCAUUCGUCUCACUUAGCGAUUUGGAGGAAGAUGAACGUCAAAUUAUAGAACUCUCCAAUGACUCCAACUAUGAGCGUCUUAAUCUAGACAAAAUUCGUGGGUCAACACCUUCACCCACAGUUUCUGACGAUUUUAAAAGUGUUAAGGAUGAUUCACCUAAUAAAAAUUCACCUAAAAGUGAUGGAAAAACUAAGGAUGGCUCUGCGGCAGAAAGAAAUGCAAAAACAUUAACAAACGAUCGCGUACGACACUAUGUUGAAGGGCAAGAAGCGUCGACAAGUAGUCAACGAAAAUCCUUCACACCGAAUAAGACCUCGAAAGAAAUAUCAAAGAAGGUGAACAUAAGUCCUGGGGCCAGUGAUACAUUACUGGAUCGCAUCGAUACUAUACUCUCUGGAGUAACCGAAAACACAGCUAAAGAUGGUAAUUUGCUUGUAGUUGAAAAGAAAAAUGAUGAUGCCGUUAUGGUUGAUAUGGAUGCGAAUGAAGUUACCACUAGUACCGUUGAUGAUACCAAAGAGAAGAGCGUGGAAACAUCAGAAAAUAGUGCCAAAGAUUGUGUUAGUCAAGGCGACAAUACUACUACUACAAAUCAGGCCAAAGCAGAUGCAAAUCCAGAGCCAUCCGAAAGGGAAACAAUGGAAACGGAAAUGGAAAUGGAAAAAAUUAUUAAAGAAGUUAUUGAGCAAGAAGAUAUUGAAAUGAGGGAAGAAGUAAAACAGCAAAAUGAAGAAGAAAUAAAAGAUAAUACAAAAGAUAACGAAACGGAAAGCAAAAUAACAGAAGAAGUGCAAGAAUUUGUUCCUUCCGAGAAAACAGUUAGCGAAAGCAUUCAUGAAUCGGGGUUGUUUACCGAAGUAGCCUCUCAACAAAUUGUGGACACAGUGGAAAAUAUUGAUACGGCAGAAAUACUCGAUAUAAAACAAAGCAAUGCGGUUCAAAUUAUAAGUGAGAAAUUAGACAAUUUAGUAGAGACAGAAGCCAAAGAAAUUUUAGAAGCAGAAGGAGCGGAGAGAGUGGAAGCGAAUACAGCUAAUGAUAAUGACAUUCUGUCGAAUGAAAGCGAGAAAAGAAAGGAUUUACAGGAAAAUAUUAUAGGAUCGGAAAAUACAGAAGAAAAUAUUGAAAAUCUUGCAGCUAAAAAUAAGAACGCUCAUAUCGCCGAAAAUAUUGAAGCUUUAGCUAAUGAGCUUGAGAGUAAAUCAAAAGAUACGGAAAGCUCGGACUAUAUUGAAAAGGAAACUGUUAACAAACAAAAUGCGAUAGAAAAAGUGAAAACACCCAGAAGGCAAAAAAAAUUAGCACAAAGCUUGACACCUUCUAAAAGACGUACAGAAAAAAUUCCAAGUCAUACAGAGAGCUCAAAAUAUCAAACUGAGAAGAUACAAGUCUAUGCAGAUAGCUCUAAAAACAUAGAGGAUCAACCUAAUGAGAAACAGCGUGGAAAUAGAAAAGGCUCACAGACUUCAAUAAAAGCGAUGUCAACACAGAGUAAAUCUCAAAAUUUGGAAAAACAUAUAAACACAGCUACUGAUGUUCAAACUGAACAUAAUCGUACUGGUGCAAAGAACCAGCAACAACCAGCCGAGGAUAAAACGGUUAACGGGCCGAAAGCGUUAAAUGCUCAGAAUGACGACAUUAAAAAAGAGGAUGAAAGAUCGCACAAUCACAGAAGUAAUAAACCCAGCACGGAAAGCCAUCUGAAGAAACUUGUUACAGAGUUGGUACCAGAAGAUAUUAAAAAGUCUGAUUACGAUAAGAAUGUUGAACCAAAAAGAACUGAGAAAAAGAAUGAACGAGAUAGAUCACAAACCUCGCACAGUGGCAAUGUGCAAAAUCCAUCGGCUGAACUAAAUAUAGAAAAAUCUCCAAGUGCAGUCGAGAAGGCAAUUGAAUGUGAUAAAAACUCGAUGAUGGACGCCAACCUCGGCAUGGAAGAUCAGCCAUCGGAAGCCAAGAACGAGGUUAACUUACUCAGUAAAUCUUCCGAAAAUAGCGAAACGAAUGAAGAUCAACUAAGUGAUCCAAUGACACCUAAACAAGAUAAAAGAGUGCGUGGAUUAGUAGUUUCUUUGAAAAAAACGGAUUUAUCAAAAAUUUUAAAUGAUAAACUUUUUCGAAAAAUAAGUAGGGAAACUAUGGACGAAGCCUCAGCAGAUGAGAGGGAGAGUGACACAAAUGAUGAGAUAUGCAAAGAUGAACUAAAUAAUGAAUCAGAAGAGCCACAAAAGUUAGCAGAGUCAACGGAGGCAACGGAGAAAACAACGAUGCCCGCAGGAGACAGAGAGAAAAACGAGUUUGAAAGUGAUAUUGAAAACGUUGAAAAGCCCAUAUUUGAAACAACGAAAGACUUGAAUGUUGAAAAAACCUUGGACACAUCAAAGAAAUGUUCAAAAGAUGAGAAUUCCCUAGAUAUUUUGAAAGUACCCUUCACUCCAGAAAGAACUAGGGAUAGAAGUAAGAAGCAUGGAAAAUCUAAAAGCGCAUCUAGAAGAGAACGUACUGUUGAAAAGCAAGUGGAGAACGCAAAAGAUGAUGUUAAACAUGAAAAAACAGAUGAGAAGCCUAAGGAGGAUUUAAAAGAUGAAAAAAUUGCUGAUAUGGCAGGAAGUGACAGAAAAGAGGAAAAACCUACAGAGGUGUCAAAGAAAUAUUCUAAAGUCGAUAAGUAUACUGAGAAAGUAAAAAGACAUUCAAAAGAUGAAAAGACUAGUGAAAGAGAUGUUUCAAGGCAAGAGGAGUCAGGAGACACUGCUAAGAAAGAUUCCACAAUUGAAAAGUCUGGAGAAACAGCUAAGAAAGAUUCCAAAGAUGAAAUGUUUUUAGAAAAACCCGAUAGGAACUCGAAAGAAACAAAAUAUACAGAUAAAGAAAAGAAAGCCUCGAAAGAUAAGAGCAGAGAAAGUUCCAGAGACUCCAGAUCAUCUCAUAAAUCGAAACGAGCUUCAAAAAAUGAUAGUCACUCAGAGAAAACAAAGACAGAAUCAAAGAAUGUAAAGUCUAAAGAAAAAUUCAAUAAAGAUUCAAACGAUAUGAAGCUUGAAAAACUUGGAAAUGCAGCGAAAGCCGAAAAAUCCGUUGAGCCAAUUGAGGGGGAUUUAGAAAAAUAUGCAGAUGAAACGAAGAGAACUUCAAUCGAUGAAAAAUCUCUGGAGAAAGAAAAAAGUGAGAAAUAUAAUAUGAAGUGUGUUAAAAUUACAGAUAAAUCUAGUCCACAUAAAUCUGUAGGAGAGGUAAAGAGAGAUUCGAAAGAUGUGAAAUCUAGGGAUAAUGAAAAGAGAAAUUCAAGAGAUGAAAAGAGCGCAUCGGACAAAAAUUCGAGAUCGAAAGAUCACAAAGUUGCCGAAAAACCAGCACGUGAUUCCAGAGAAGAGAAAUAUUCCAGGAGGGGAAGAAUAGAAGAGAAAAAAGUGAUUACGAAAGAGAAAGAUCACAGUAAUUUAUCACAAAACAAGCAAAAAGAUAAUAAACUGUCAUCAUCACAAACGGACUUGUUGGAGGAGAAAAAUAUGAAAGAAAAGUCCAAAAAGGAAAGCAGAAAGCCAGCGAGGGAGAGUAUUAAAAGGGAUGAUAAGAAAGCAAAUGCCAUUGCCGAUAUGCAAGAAAAACCAGCAGAGUCAACAAUUAAUAAAAUUAUGGCGAAAGAUAGAGAAGACACAAACAGAGCGGAUACACAGAAGGAAAGCUUACACGCCGCCUCGGAUAAAGCUGAAAAAGAAAAAAUAGGAAAUAAAGAAGCCGAAAAAGUAGCAAAAACUGAAAACGAAACAACCACACCGGAAAGCUCAAGUAAUUCUACAGAAAAGAACACUAAAUCGGAAAACUCAGACAACUCUAAUGCCGAAGCAAUUGUCGCAAAUGAAGCUGUUAGCGAAAUUUCAAGUCCAUACAAAAUGCGUGAAAGAAGAACCGCUUGCAGGACACCAAUGCCAAAACAAAGUUUAAAUGAAAAGGUCCAAACUAAAAUCCUUUCUGAUGAGAACGCCAUUGAGAGCACAUCUAAAAACGCAGAGAUUGAAAGUGCAAAUAAAACAAAAGACGGUCAAAUCAAAGGUGUAGAGAACUCAGAUAAAAAGCACGAGACGAAAGAAACUAUCAAAAAUGCUGCCGAAAUUUCAUUAGAAAAAUCCGGUAAAAAGGAGGAUUCCGAAACGUUAAACAAAAGCAAAUAUGAAAGCUCAGCGGAAGCUCUACAUGCUGCCGAAAGCCCAAAAACAAUUUCAGAAAGCAAAUUGAUAGCAGAAGUACCAAGUGAGAGUACAAGAAGAACACGAAAAAGAAAUGAGGCCAAACUAGGAGAGAAAUGUGCAGAUAAAUCUCUAAACAAGUUAGAAAAUGCAAAAUCAGCCGAAGAAAGUAAACUUCAAGAGCUGGAGAGCAAAUCGUAUACUGAAGUAGUGCAAGAAGAGAACAAUGAAAAGUCUGACGACGCGAAUGGGAAAAGGCAAGUGCCAGAAAGAGACGAUAAAAGUCUACAAAACGAUGCUAGUGUAGAAAUGUUAGAGGAAUCUGCUGUAUUGGAAACUGAGGAAGAGAACAAAAGCGUAAAUAAAACGAUUGAGGAAUCUCCAAAAACUGAUAUUAUACUCGAAGUAACAACUGAAAACUUAAAUGAGAACGUGGAUACUACAAACACAAAUACUGGGAGGAAGGAUACCACAAUUGAAAAUGAACAAGAAAAACAGGUUGCAGACAUCAGUGAGCCAAGUAACAGUGAUAAAGGUGUUGGAAAGAAUGCAGAAAGCGUUGGCAAAAAAGAAACCGAAAACAUAACUGCAAAAAACACAACAACAACAAAAGAUUCGGAACCUGGUAGCAGUGGCAAUUAUAAUCCUAGAUCUCAUCGUAGUAGACACAUUCGUUCAAAUGCGGAUCUAGAGAUAGCAGCACAACUGUCGGUUGCAUCGACUGACGACGAAGAUCAUGAAGGUCUGACGCGUCGCUCGAUGCGGAAACGUGGUACCGAACAGUCGCCAAGCAACAAAAAUGAACUUAAGAAGAAAAGUUUUAGAAGUGCAACAAAUCAAACACCAACAAAUCUUAUACAAAAACAAUUAAAAGAACAAGCGAACACCAGCAACAGGAGUCAUGCAGCGACCCCAACAACGGUAAUGGCACGAAAACGCGUGCGGGAUACGUCAGCUGAAUUAAAUGAAACGGAAAAGACGCUGGGCAAAAAGACAAAGUUGGACACUGUACGCAAAUCCACACGCAUACACAAUGAAGAGAUAGACACCAGUGAAGGUGAGCUUGACACUUCCACGGCACAACGUCGCGCUAAACAAACUAACGCAAAAGAAAGUCAACCAAAUAGAAGUGUACAAGAGAAACCAACAAAAUCUGCGGCAAACAAAGAAAGCAAAGUGAAUAGGAGUGCACAAGAGGGUGCAGCUGGUGCGUUCAGCAAAUCACAGCAAACUGCAAAACAAAACACUAGUGGUGAAGCUAAGACAAUAACAACUGCACAAAACACAAAUUUACCCAAAAAAUCAGCUAAUACAAGUAUUAUUAGCACUAGCAAAGUGGAAUCUGAGCCAGCUCAAGGUAAACAACAACAAAAACCAAUUUCUAAGACACCAAUUAGACAGUCAUCGUCCACCAACUUCUCAUCUGCUGCUCGUAUUGAAGCAAAGGCUGAUAAGGUGCCGCCAGUUGGCAGCACUGCCGAUCCACUUCAACUGCCGGUUAAACGCUUAAGACGUUUGCAAGCAAUCGAUGGUAUUGAUCAGGCAAAUGUUGUGGAUGAUGAAAUGUCUAAACGGAAAGCACUGCGUGCUACACCCCAAACUGAGGGAACAAAGUCAGCCGAAACACAAAAGGUUGCAGCCAAAUCAACACAACAUCAGCAUCAUCACCAACAACAACAACAACAGCAACAAAAGUUAUUAAGCAAAGUGACAGACAGUAAUGUGGUGGCAAGUAAAACUGCAACGGGCAAGUCUCCAACAAAAUCGCCCGCUUCGAAAGUAAUCACUUUUAAAGAGUGGCUGGAACAACAGAAAAAGCGGAAAGAUGCGCCCGUUGUUGAUGCACAACCCACAAUCAGUGGGAGUGCUAAUAAAGUGAACACAGUUGCAACUGCAACAAUGGCAGAUAAGCCUUCAGCGCAUACAUCAACUGCCAAUGAAGUGCCCUUACUGGCUGUUCAGACAACCAAAGAGUCGGAAAACGUUAGAACUCCAGCAGAAGAGAGUCUGGCCGAAGAGAGUGUGACUAAAGAGCAAAACUUGAAUGCAAUUGUGCGCGAUGUAAGAGACACAGUUAAACGAAAGAGGGAAGUUGCCUCAUCUGUCAGUAAGGCUAAGAGUGAGGUACAAGCAGCAGCAACAACAGCAGCAAAACAUGUAACACCAACUACAAAGGAAACAACACCAGAUGUAAAGCAAUCUACAUACGCUAACAAGCAAAUAACAUCUGUUGCUAAAGAAACAAUGUUGGCUGCAAGAGAAACCAUACCCACUGAAAAUCAACAAAUACUUGCGGCAAAAGAAACAACAACCACUUUUGAGGAUGCGAAACCCCCUACGAAGCAAAGACGUAUCGAACAAUUACCAACACCAUCGACACCCAGGCCCACACAAAGCCAAUUUAAGCGGCCUUCAUUGCCGCAAAGAACAUCACGGUUAACGCCUGCUCGUCUCAACAAAACCGCAACAUCGACAGAUCAACGCCUGAUCUUGAGCAACAAGCAAUAUAAUGAAAAGCAAGCAACACUUCAUAAAUUAGAUACGAAAUUUAAGCUGCGUAAAUUGCGCGUGCGCAUUAAUCGUUCAACAGUUGCUGCAUAUUACAAAAAAUUGAGUUUAAAUAAAGCUAAAGACACAGGUAUGCAAAAAAUGUUAACACCUUCGCGUAUGCUUCCACAUAUAAAGGCUGGCAAUGUGGCUUUAGCAAGUGAAACAAUUUCGAUUUCAAAAAAGCGCGUCGUACUGAAACAACAACAUUUGGCAACAGCUGGAACACCGAAAUUGCCGCCCCUUACCGCGCGUCCAACCGUUCUGGCAGCGCCUGAGACCAGUGAUGCAACAAAACUGACAGCAGCGAUGCCAACAUUGACUAAAGUGCCGGCAAGUGCGUCUGAAAAAUCUCAAAAUGAUCGACUACAUCUUUCACAAGCCGACAUGCAAUUUGGCUCCCCAGAAGAGCUCUCUCUGUUGACCCCAAUGAAGAGUGCAAAUGUAGUACCAGCGACAAGCAGCCCACGAGUACAACAUAAAGCGACAACUAACGAAGGUUUGCGUGAACAACGUACCAGCACUACAAGUAGUUCUGAUGCUAGCACCAUCACACGCGCACAGUUAACGGGCAAACAAGCAGUUAGCCAGACUAAUACAAGCAACUCGGGCAUAACUAAGGGCCAUCAAGUGCCAUUCACGCCAAUUGUGCCCAAGGAAGAGGUGGUAGACGAACACCAAACGUCAACACAACUUGCAUCAUCACGCAACUCAUCAGCUACAACGUUGGAUACAACCAAUUCGUUAGCUUCACGAACUUUAGCUAUAGCUGCCGCAACCAAUUCAGCGCUUAACCAAUCCUCUUCGGCCGAUGCAAGCGGCUAUUAUGGUCUUACGCCCACAUCAUUGGACUCGAAUGGUACACGUUUGUACUCAUUCUUGCAUCCAGCUAAAUAUAAUCGUAAUCACGGUUGUGUAUUACUCGAUUACUGUUGCCCCAACCUAGACGGCCCGAUGCCAGCUAUUGACCCAACACGCAUACAUGCACAAGUACAGGCCGGUGUACGCGAGCUACCAGCUUAUAUAGUGAUGACAACGAAACUUAUUACACGUGCUGAUUUGGAGGCCAACAAGAAUGUUAUACCAGCGUCUAUACGACAAAAAGUAGAGAAGAUUACAGCUGAUGCUUCGAACUCUGCGGCAAAUCAAUCAAAUUCGGCUGUAACUAGUGGUACACCAAAUGUACCGGUAACCAUGCCACCGGCAACUGCGCCGGUGCCGGUUACAAAUGCUACAUUAACGCCAACCAUAACGGCAUUGCAAAAACAUUUGCCAUCAACAACAAUAAUAACACCCAAAUUAAUGCCACCAGCAUCAACGUCAACAAUGGCAUCCCAACAACUGCAACAACUAACACCACACAAUGCAUUAAAUAACAGCUCACAAAGUAGCACAGCACCAGCAUCUCACAUUCUCAACGUAUCCGAUUAUCAGCGUUCUUUGCUGCGUAGUAGCGUACGUCUAUUCGAUGCACGUCUCAAAAAAUACUACUAUCGCGUUGCACUGCUCUCGUUCUCCGAUCGGCAGGCGAUUAUUGAUGGCAUAAUCAAUUCGACAACGCUCACACCCAAAGAUGUCGACUGUGCUGUACGUUUGCUCGACGAGUAUGCAGCACAAAUUACUGGCUUGCCAGCAGCGAAUGCAGCCAACAAAUCCAAUAAUAACUCUGCACAAGCAAUACAAUCUGUAUCUAAUGCAAUUACAACAUCAACGACACAAACUUUGGCACGUACAACCACCAUACAGCAGCAGCAAAAACAAAACCAAUACAAUAUGAAUGAAAUAGCUGUAAUUGAUAAGGAUAAUAGUCUUUUGGGUUACCACAUGACAUCUUCGUCCAUGGCUAUGAGCAAAUCAACCAUUUCCACACGAUCUAGCAUCAUGUCGACCUCAGUAACUGGCGUAAAGAAUAUGACAUUGCCCAAUAUGGCAACUACAUCGAGUGGUGGUAUACAACCUAUGAAGACAGCACAAGAAUCACCACGAAUUUUCUACACAAAACCACCAAUUCAAACGUCCACACCAAUCGCGGCAACCACAAGCGGUAGCGGUACGCCACAGAGUGAUGGCAAAACGGUUUCGCUAAGGAGCACACAACGCUUGUGUCGUGAGGUGACCAUACGGCAGAUACCCAAUAAACUCGGUUCCACAUCCAUGUCGAGCACAUCGGCAACUGCUACUCCACCAAACACGCGACGCUUGCCAACAUUGACGCGGAAUCCACACUUGACGCCAGUCAACUCGUCGGGUGACAAUAAUAGUUCAUCCGCUACCGAAACGAUUACAACACGCUCGGCUGUCACCAUAUCAACAGCACCGAAACGUAUGACACGUGCCUCGGCGGCGGCCAAAGUGAUUGUGAUAACCCAGAAUAAUGAGGAUUCCUCGCCGCCCUUAGAUGAGUGCAUCCUGCCGGAUGGACAUAAUAAUCCUGAAAUAAAACGUGAGCGGGUCGAUGACGAAUUUGUUGGUUAAUUAAAUUUAAUUUUUUUUUUAAUUUAAUAUACAUACAUACAUACAUAUAUAUAUCAAGAUAAAGAGUAAAAAUGAUAAAAUAUUUAUUAUAUAAGUGUAAUAUAAAAUACAAACAUACAUACAAUACAUAUAUGAUGGCUUCAGCUGGCCGAUAGAAAGAUAUUUGGACAGUUGGGAGGUAUUGUUUUACUAGUUGAUAAGAUUUAAUUACAAUUAAUAUGCUCAGCUCAUCUUGAGUUCAUCAAA